AUGGGGAAUGACGGAGGAAGUAUCCCCACGCGACGUGAGCUCGUUAAGGAAGCCGCGCGAAACCCAACCGCAACCGAACUGAAAGACAAGCAAAAAGAGCACCUUGCCCAUCGUUGGUCCACCUGUCCAGUCUCUCACAAACCUCUCGUCAAGCCUAUCGUCUCAGAUUAUGCAGGCGACCUCUACAACAAGGAUGCCAUUAUUCAGUUUCUGCUGCCCGCCGAAGCCAGCUCGGUGGACAAGCAAGAGUAUGAGAAAUUUAUCCAAGGCCGCAUUACGAGUCUGAAAGAUGUUGUUGAAGUGAAAUUUGAAACGGAACAUGAUGAAAAGACUAAGACAGACAGAUGGAUCUGCCCUAUCACUUCCAAGGAGCUGGGUCCCAAUGUCAAGGCAGUUUACCUUGUACCCUGCGGCCAUGCCUUCUCACAAGAGGCCAUCAAAGAGAUGAAGAGCGAGGGGAAAUGCGUUCAGUGUGCCUCCCCGUACGAAGAACGAGAUGUCAUACCAAUUCUUCCUAGUACCGAGAAAGACAAGACGUCCGUAUUGGAGCGGAUAGAAACCUUGAGGUCUUUUGGACUCUCACAUUCCUUGAAGAAAGCCGGCGGCAGCAAGAAGCGGAAGGCAAAUGGUGACAGCAAGUUGGCACAAGGCCAGAAUACUUUGGAAACGCAAGCAACAGGGGCGGAUGGACAGGGGAGAUCAAUGCCAGCUAAUCCGCCUCGCUCGGGAGGAGCCCAGUCAGGAAGCCCCACGACAGACUUGCCAAAUGGCAUGAGGAAUGCCACAACCGCCAGCCUCACUGCCCGAGUCAUGCAAGAGGAAGAAGCCAGGAAGAAAAGACGGCGUGAGAACGAGAACAUCAGCUCGUUGUACACCAAGAAAUCAGACGAGAAAGCCAGGCGAGACGGCGAUUUCAUGACCCGGGGGUUUUCGAUUCCUGCAAAUGCCCGACACAGAUAG